AGCGGCCGGCCGAGGCGGCACUCGAAGUCUGUCUGUCGCGGGCGAAGGCGAGCAGGGCGGCUGAGCGCGCGCGGGCCUCUCCUCAGUUCGUUACGCGACGGGCGAACCGGACGAGCGCGGAGGGGACAACUUGCUCGUCCGCUCCACCAACAUCCCUUCCCGCCGUCCUCGGAAGCAGCCCAGCAGCACACGGUAACCAUGAGUGAUCGAAAAGCUGUGAUCAAGAAUGCGGACAUGUCUGAGGAAAUGCAGCAGGACUCUGUGGAGUGUGCUACACAGGCCUUGGAAAAAUACAACAUUGAGAAGGAUAUUGCUGCCCACAUAAAGAAGGAGUUUGACAAGAAAUACAAUCCUACUUGGCACUGCAUUGUGGGACGAAAUUUUGGCAGUUAUGUGACUCAUGAGACAAAACACUUCAUCUACUUCUACCUGGGUCAAGUUGCUAUUCUCCUCUUCAAAUCUGGUUAGAAUAUGGGACUGUUACACCCAAAUAUGCAUUCGGUUACAGGACUGCACGCUAAUUCCAAAUAGACUGAAGUCUUCAGCCUUCCCCAGGGAACAUACCUUGAUCUUCAAGCCUUUUGUUUUAACGGACAGGUACUCCUCUGUACCAAUUUGUGUUUUUGUUGUGGCCAUAAAAAAAUAGCAAAAAAGUGAACUUGUAUGUAUUUUCUUUCUUUCAAAAAGUUCCUUUUUCUAAUAAAACUGUUGGGCAUA